UAUCAUCUCAAUGUCUACUUCUUCAGAUUCUCGUACUAUGGCCUCGUCGACCUCAUUCACGAGCCAUUCCAAAAGCUAUAUGCCUCGAAGACCAUAUGCUCAACUUCCGAGCUAUAGAAGUACCCCGUCAAACGCAGAAACCGUCACCAUCCCCCGCUCGGAAUAUGAUCGUCUGCUCCAAGAUUCGCAACAUUUUGCUAAAUUAAGAACCUCACUCCUCAAUGGAGGGUUGUCCCAGGCAACUCUUGAUGUCUUAAUUUACGGGGCUGCUCAGCAGCCUCCUCACCAAACUGGCCGCGAAAAUAGCCCUCAGAGCCCAGCGAAAUCGAAUGCGGCGUUCGAGAACAAGGCUCCUGGCUGCCAUGAGCACUUAGACGUGAAAGUUCAUGACCCUGAAGAAUUCGACAUUGGUGAAGAUGAGGACGAAGACGAAGACGCUCUCCUGGAUUCUCAUGACAGCGAAGACAAGGAUGACUAUGAUGAGUCUUCCAGAAGUGCAGGAUCUUCUCCUACUCCAAGCGCCCAACGUACCGUGCUAAUUCGGAAUCUUCCCGACCGUAUCACGCACAGAGACAUCGUCGCAGCCAUAAAGGGCGGGGCCCUACUGCACAUCUAUUUACGUGCGCGGGAACACAUGGCCAGUGUGUCUUUUGUCGAGGAAGCGGCCGCUCGUGAAUUCUUCCGGACUGCGAAGACCUACGGUCUCAUUGUUGCUGGGAAGCGCGUGGAAGUGGGUUGGAAUGACAGACAAUUCUACCUUCCUCCCUAUGUCCGGGCCAAAAUUGACAAUGGUGCAUCGCGCAAUCUAGUCGUUAACAAUGUACAGCCGAACGUCACGGAGUGGGUCAUCCGGAAGGAUCUGGACCAUAUCCACAACCUAAUCGUGAUCUCGGUACAGUUCAAGAAUGGCAAUGCCUACAUCUCCACUAAUUCAGUGCAUAAUGCGCUCUUUGCACGCUCCUGCAUGAUGUCUCGGUUCACGUACAAGGGCAUGAAAAUUGGGUUCUAUCCGGACGAGUGUUUCGGUACCCCGGGGAAGUACCCCAAGAAAGAGCCACAAGCACCGGCAAAGAAAACCGGCUCCGUGCCCAAUCGGUUUCAACUUCUAUCCCUGGAUGGCGCCGAUGAUGAGGACGACCAUACCAGUCAUGACGGACUGGGAAGGAUGAACAAUGGAAUGCGAUGGGCUGAUAAUAGCGUUACCGCCUGAGUUGUCAUCUCUCCUCUCAUUUUUCCCUUGAACUUUCUUUGAAGUGUUGUGCUACCAAAUAGUCGAGCAGCACGUUACCUUUAGGCGAGACUAAUCAUCAAAUCUGGGGGAACUGGUACUAGUAGGGUAGUACGUUGCGUGGAAGGGAUCUGGCUGAACGGAACGGAUUGAGCGAUCAGGCUGGACGGAGGAAUAUGACGGAUAGGCGACAGCGAGUGGGGUGAGAAUGAAACGGGAUGGCGGGUGAUCUACGAGAGGGAUGGUCAGACUGAUUGCCAGAUGCUAUUACUUACCAUAGCCGCGUAUAUCAGUCAUCUACAACGGUUCAUCCGUUAUGAGAACGUGCGUUGUAUUAGCAUACAAACGCACGGACGUCCAAUACAACCUUAUAAUGACAGGGCUGACGACAAAAAAAGAAAUUGG